AUGGCUGAGUGGGAUGUGCUCCUCAGCACAGCCAUCCUCAGUGUGAAGUCUGAGAUCUUCUAUCAGAGGCUGGUCAGAGUCCUCGAAGGAAAGACUCAGCCUUUGCCUGAGCACGAAGCGACCCUCAGCAAUCUGCUCAGGCCAGAGGCAUCUGUUGAGUCGAGGGCGAGUCGCUUAGCUGACUGGUCCUCAGCCGGUCACCUUUACGACUCAGUAAACAGCCGCCUCAGGGCCCUUCAGCAGAAGGCUCAAGACCUGGCAGUGAGCUUCCAGUCCAUCAGCACGAUGCCUCAGGCACCUUCUGCUCUGCCUGAGUGGAACACGGAACUUGAGGCCUUCCAAGUAAGAGCAAGAGGGGGUGGGCCACCCUCAGAAACAACCGCCAAGACACCUGAGAAGCCACAGCAGGGCAGCCCAGCUUCUCAGCAGACCGCGAGCCCAGCUUCUCAGCAGAUCGCGAGCACUCCUCAGUCCACAGCACGAAAAGUUCUGCAGUAUGGCCUCACAAAGUUCUUCGGAACACCUGAGCAGAAGGCAUCUGCUCAGCCUUUCGAGCUGCACUUGACAGGUUACCACAGGAGCCACAAGAGCAGGGCUCAGCUCGAGUUCGAAGCAUCUAAGGAGGCCUUUGAAGCUCUUGUGGCUGAGAAGGAGGCAGAGGAGGACGAAGAUAGGGCUCAUGAGAUUGCCAAGAGGAGACGACUCACUCAGGGCAAGAGGUUCACAAGAGUCGCCCCUGAGGCCGGGAAGAGGAAGUUUCAGAAAGCUCGCCUUGAGCUGACAGCCAAUCGAAAGAGGCUGAUUGCUGAGGACUUGGCUCAGUCCAAGUCUCAGUUUUCCACUGAGAGCAAGUUCUGGGAGGCCAUGAUCGCUAAGCAUGGCCUGUCUAAGAAACAGCUCAGCAGGAUCGUCAGCCAAAGUCAGGCCUAUGCAGAAAUGAGCAAGGCACCUCUUCGGAGAGGAAACUCUAAGAACAAGAAGCGAGUUAGAGUUUCGGGGGCUGGCCGGAAGGUGCCUUACCCUGAGGUCCUUGCCACGCUGUCUCAGUGGCUGGCUGUUGAGCGAGCCUGUGGCCACACGAUCAGCCAGCAGGACUUCUUUCAGGAGUUCUUGUUUCAGCUGAGGCUCUCGGCCACUAAGUCUCGUCUUAGGGCAGAAGAACGUGGCCUCAGCAACCUGAAGGUGGCUGAGUUGCAGCAGGAUGCUGAGGACAAAGAGGCCAGGGCUGAGAAGCUGAGCAAAAGCAAGACCUACCGCAGGAGUUUCACUGAGAAGCUCCUGAAAUGGACCAAGGCCAAGUUCACCACCUCAGAGGUCGUGAGCAACAUCAGCAGCCUUGAGUCUCAGGUCAGGUGCAAGCUCACCUGGCAAGAGUUCGACUGGUGCCUCUGGCUGGCCAGCCUGAGCUCUCUUCCUGAGCUGUCUGCUGAGAAGAGGGUGUCAGACCCUGAGGACUUCGUGAAGAACAGGGCUCACUUAGCCAUCGGCUUCUCCGAUCAGGUGCCACUGUGGGCUAAGGCCACAGGCCGAAAGGCAGUCUUCUCUGCUGAGGAGCUCCACUCAGCUGAGACCACCAAGGACUUUUCUGAGGUCAGGGAAGCCAUUGAGGAUGCCAUGAGGACUGACUCAGAUGCAACCUUUCAAGUGGUUCCCAUCAGCGACACAGGUGACAGCACUCCCGGAGUAAAGAAAGCCCUCAGCUUCGGCUCAGAAGGGUCAGGCACAGUCAGAAGGGCCCUGAGCUUCAGCAGCCUUAGCCCAGAGAAACCUCUGCAGACCGAGGAGAAAGCAGAGGAGGUGCUUCUUCAGGUUCUGGAUGAGCCCAGCAAGCCAGUCGUCGGCUUAGUGGGCAAGGGGUUGCUGGUGGUGCCCGGCCAGUGGGCUCGCCUCAGCAACAUCUCUCAGGACGGCAAGUGGAUCCGGACUGAGAGGUUCAGGGUCGGUGCUAAGGAGAAGGUUCACUCAGCUGGUGCCUCAGUCGGCAAGAUCUUGCUCAGCUAUCGAAAGCUCAGGCAGGCUCACCCUGAGCUGGUCGCUAAGCUGGACAUCAUGAGCCAGCCAGCUGCGAACGUCGACUCCGUGAUCCUGAGCUGGGUCAUUGAGGGCCAGGCCACUGAGUGCCCUUGCUCAGUCUGGCAGAGAGACUGCUUCAGCUCCGUGUUCUCAGACACGGCUGCUGAGUCGAUGGCCUUAGCCCAGCAGAUCAGCUGCUUAGUUGCUGCGAAGUGCACGUCUAAGCUCCAGAUCACGGACUCAGACUUCGCCAAAGAGUUCAAGGGUGCCGUGAGGCACAAGCUGUCCUCCCUGAGAACAGAGUUUCAGGAGCAGCAAAAGUUCUCAGGGAAGUCUGAGGUGUGGCGAGUGGGUGCCCUUGAGAUCGUCACCUCAGUGGUCUGGGCUGAGGAGCAGCUGAGGCAGAAGAACGAAGAGCAAUCCUGGGUCGUGAGGGCAGCCGUCAGGAAUGGCCUUCUGGCCUAUCGGCCCAACCCUGAGACUGGGAGGCUUGAGACGGUCUCCGAGCAGCCCUGGGCUAAGGAGCUCGACCUCAGGAUGGGCAGUCGUCGCUUCCCAGCCAGCUGGCUCUCAGAGAGGCUUAAGUGGCUGGACGACGCAGGCAAACCCAUCCAGGCUGACUGGUCUCUGAGCGACUCAGCUAAGCAGAUCUCCGACCUUAUCAGGUGGGACUACUUCAACCCUGAGGAAGACCUUGAACAUGAGCCUGAGGAUGGAGGCUUUGACUUAGACGCCGACCUUGCAGAGGACCUGGACCUGAGUCUGCAGAACAGCCUUUCCCUGAGGCUGCACCCAAAGCUCAGACGUGCAGCAGCUCGCAGAGCUCUUGAGGAGGGCUACACUGAGAGAGUGAAGGACAUCAGGAAAAAAGCAGAGCUCAGAAGGGAGAGGCUGAAGCACAGGACGGCCUUCAGGGGCAAGCUUCUGCAAAGCUUGAGACAAAAGCUGAUGCUGAGCAGUCGGGCAGAAGCACUCAGUCAGGUGGUCCCUGUGAGGACUGAGACCAAAGGCCAGAAACUGAGUGCAACCACGAAGCCCUCAGCAAAGAACAAGCCCUCAGCAAAGAGCAAGGCCAGCAAGUUCCUGAAGGCUUCGGCUAAGAAGAAAGCAGCUAAGAAGCACGAGCACAAGGCCACUGUAGACAAGGUCAUUGCUAAGGUCACAGCCAAGAAGAAGAAGGAGAAGAAGGCUAAGGCCAAAGCUGAGCCCACAAAGACUGAGACUGAGCCCUCAGCCCUGCUGGCUCCUUUCCUUGAGAAAGAAGUCAUUUGUGUCUCCGAGGCUGCUGGCCGCAUGCUCUUUGGCAUUAAGGGCUUGGCCUCAGACUUCCAGUCAGGUCGCUACACUGUGAUGACCGUGAGUGGCACCUUCGAGAUCAGGUCUGAGCAUCUCACGCUUUGGGAGCCCAAGACUCCUGAGUUCGUCUGGGCUCAGCUGAAAUACCUCAGCAGGGCAGAUACUCAGGCGAUCCUCAGGGCCAUCUCCUGCUGGCCUGAGCCAAAGCUGAGCUACGACGACUAUGCCGACCAUGGCUUAGUGCCCUUUCCUGAGACUGAGAAGCCUUUCUUGGUCGAGGAUCAGUGGAUCUGGCAGGGCUGGGCCAUGAUGAGCUGGUCCCUGCGAAAAGCCAAGGCAGGAUCCUUUGAGGAGUUCUCAGUGGAGUGCUUAGACCCUGGCCUUCCUCACUUGCUCUUCGAGUUUCCUGAGCACUUGCUUGAGCCACGUGAGGAUGCUGUUAAGAAAGCCUUCAGCAAUGGUCUCAGGCUUCUGGUUCCACUGGUGAGGGCUUUGCACUGGACUUUGCUGGUGGCUCAGAGAGAGUCCCUGGACCAGACCGAGGGCUUUCAGUGGCGACUCUACGACAGCCUUCAGGAGCCCAUUGAGGCCUGCACCUUGGCUCAGGUCAGGAUUGGGAGCUUGCUCGAUCCUCAGUUCAGCCUGCCCAAGAAGACCAACUCAGCAGUGCAGCCUCAGGGGUCACUGUUCUGCGGGUUCUAUGUCUUAGCCUGGAUGGAGCAGGAAGUGAGGCAGGCCCGAGGAGAAUGGUUGAGGGUUUGGCCUGGGCUCCUGGCUAAGACUUGGAAGGAGAGGCUUCUCAAGAUGAAGCCACAUCUUGAGAAGGAGCAGAAGCUGAGGAUCGCUGAGAUCGAGAAGGCCUACAACAAGACUGAGGCCGAGAGAAAGGAAGCAGAGAAGAGGGUAGCCAAAGCUCAGCACGCCUUAGACACAGCCAAGGCUUCGACAACCAAGGCUGCUGUGGCUGCUAAGGAAUCCCUCGACAAGAACCUCUUCAGGUUCACCUGGAAGCAUCUCAGCAAAGAAGCCACGGCCAAGAUUCUGGCCUUAGAGCACUCGCCAGGGAUCUGCCAGAAUUGCCGAUGGCAGACAGGCUGUCCUCAGUGCCAGGCUGAGAAAGCCCUGAAGUACCACCUCACCACUGAGGCCGCUGCUCAGGGGAAGCUGCCCUUUCAGCCAGGACCCAAGGAAUUCGCUCAGUAUCUCAAAGAGAUGCUCAAGGCCAACAAGCCUGAAUUCGCUCAGUAUCUCAAAGAGAUGCUCAAGGCCAACAAGCUUCAGCCAAUUCAGGCUGAGAAGGGUAGUGAGGCUUCCCGCGCCAAAGAAACCUGA